UAUUCGUCACUAACUAUCGGCCACCAAAUCGUUCGAUAGUCAGUCAUUAGCCAGCCCUGGUGGCUACCGAUUCGUGGGCGGCGAUCGCCAGCCCUGGUAGGCCAGAGACAAUCAGCUGAUUUGCGUGGUCGAUUUGGUCCUAUUGAAAUUUUCGGUUUUGGCACCGGAGCAAAAUCACAUCGCAAUCAAAUUUCCCGUGACAAUAGGAUUCACGUUUGAUUUUUGAGCAACAGCCGGAAUAUCUAGCGAACCGAUUAGCAAAAUGUCGAUGCUGGCGAGAACCGUUGGACGCACCUUCAUGCAGGCUGCGGCAGCACGUAGUCUGCACACCACGUCGGCGGCCCGGGUUUCGGAUAACUUCGGUGCCAACAGGACCACCUGCACACUGGUUCCCGGCGACGGUGUGGGUCCCGAGCUGGUCUACUCGCUCCAGGAGGUCUUCAAGGCAGCCAGUGUUCCCGUGGACUUCGAGUGCUACUUUCUCUCCGAAAUCAAUCCGGUGCUGAGUGCCAAGCUGGAGGAUGUUGUGGCCUCCAUCCAGAAGAACAAAGUGUGCAUUAAGGGCGUUUUGGCCACACCUGACUACAGCAAUGUGGGUGACCUGCAGACCCUCAACAUGAAGCUGCGCAACGAUCUGGACCUCUAUGCCAACGUGGUGCAUGUCCGGAGUUUGCCCGGCGUAAAGACGCGCCACACCAACAUCGAUACGGUGAUUAUCCGCGAGCAGACCGAAGGCGAGUACUCGGCACUGGAGCACGAGUCGGUUCCCGGAAUUGUGGAGUGUCUGAAGAUUGUCACCGCCAAAAAGUCGAUGCGCAUCGCCAAGUUUGCCUUCGACUAUGCCACGAAGAACCAGCGCAAGAAGGUCACUGCCGUGCACAAGGCCAACAUCAUGAAGCUGGGCGAUGGCCUCUUCCUCCGCUGCUGCGAAGAGGUCUCCCGGCUCUAUCCGCGCAUCCAGUUCGAGAAGAUGAUCGUGGACAACACGACCAUGCAGAUGGUCUCCAAUCCCAACCAGUUCGACGUGAUGGUCACUCCCAAUCUCUAUGGCGCCAUCGUGGACAAUCUGGCCAGUGGUCUUGUGGGCGGCGCUGGUGUCGUGGCUGGUGCCUCCUACUCCUCGGAGACCGUGGUCUUCGAGCCGGGUGCACGUCACACUUUCGCCGAGGCUGUGGGAAAGAACGUGGCCAAUCCCACUGCCAUGCUGCUCUGCGGCACGAAGCUGCUGCGCCACAUCAACCUGCCAACUUACGCGGAGACCAUCCAGAAUGCCAUCAACAAGGUGCUGAUGGACGGCAAGGUGCGCACCAAGGAUCUGGGCGGACAGUCGACCACGCAGGACUUCACCCGCGCCAUUAUCCAGAGCAUGUCCUAGACGGGCUCCAGUUGUCAUCGCCGGCGCGAUCAGCACAUUUUCUCUAUCAGGGGCAACAACGUUGGCGCUUAUUUAAUCGACAUUAGACAGUUUCUGUUGUUGCCACAGCUAAAUUUGAAUUGUUGAAAAAACACCUUGAAAGUUCAUAGUUUCCUUAUUA